GCUGUGAUUGGGUGGAGGGCGGCGAUUCCUUCUGUCACGAUUUGGGUUGCUCCCACCGGAGGAUACCGACCGACUGAGUCCAGCCUUUACCGAGGUGCUCAUCAGAGGAGACGGUGCCCACCAGGAGGAGAGGGGUUCAUCUCAGAAGGCUGGACUGACAGCUCGUUAUUUGUCUGCCUGCGUCGGCGAGGAGGUGAGGAGAGAGGGGAUAUCAUCAGUGCUGGAGCGACCAGUCGCCUUUCUUCUGUCAAGGCUGCGGUAAAAGUCGUUCACGAUGCCGGUGUUUCACACCAAGACCAUCGAGAGUAUCCUGGAGCCGGUGGCCCAGCAGAUCUCCCACCUGGUCAUUAUGCACGAGGAGGGGGAGGUGGACGGUAAAGCCAUCCCGGAUCUGACAGUGCCGGUUGCCGCCGUGCAGGCGGCAGUCAGCAACCUUGUGCGGGUGGGUAAGGAAACAGUUCAAACCACAGAGGACCAGCUGAUGAAGAGAGACAUGCCUCCUGCUUUUAUAAAGGUGGAGAACUCAUGCUCAAAGCUUGUCCAGGCGGCUCAGAUGCUUAAGGCCGAUCCGUACUCUGUUCCUGCACGGGAUUACUUGAUUGAUGGAUCCAGAGGAAUACUGUCUGGAACCUCCGACCUGCUCCUCACCUUCGAUGAGGCAGAGGUGCGUAAGAUAAUCCGUGUUUGUAAAGGAAUCCUAGAGUAUUUGACAGUAGCUGAAGUGGUGGAGACCAUGGAGGACCUCAUCACAUACACCAAAAAUCUUGGGCCAGGGAUGACCAAAAUGUCAAAGAUGAUUGAGGAGAGGCAGCAGGAGCUGACACACCAAGAACACAGACAGAUGCUCAUCAGCUCCAUGAACACUAUCAAAGAGCUGCUGCCCGUUCUUAUCUCAGCUAUAAAGAUUUUUGUGGCAACCAAGAGCAGUCGAGGUGCUGGUGUGGAGGAGGCAGAGAGGAACAGAAGGUUUACCUUUGAAAAGAUGAGCGCCGAAAUCAAUGAGAUCAUAAGAGUCUUACAGCUCACCACAUGGGAUGAAGACGCCUGGGCCAAUAAGAAGGACAUGGAGGCUUUGAAGAGGUCUCUGGCUUUGAUUGAGUCAAAGAUGGUACAGGCUAAAAGCUGGCUCAAAGACCCUCAUGGACAGCCAGGAGACCCUGGUGAGGUGGCACUUCGUGUGAUACUGGAUGAAGCCGGGAAAGUGGGAGAGUUGUGUGCUGGGAAAGAGAGGAAAGACAUACUGGCAACCACUAAGGCUCUGGGACAAAUGACUGACCAAGUUGCAGAUCUGCGAGCCAGAGGCCAGGGUCCAACCCCAGGGUGUGUGCAGCGUGCAGGCCAGUGUUCUCAGGGCUUAGAUUUAUUAUUUGGCAAAGUGGAUAGUGCUGCACACAGACUAGAGGCUUUAAUCAACGCCAAGCAGGCCAUUUCCAGGAGGUUGGAUGCUGCACAGGCAUGGCUGGCUGAUCCUAAUGGUGGUCCUGAGGGGGAGGAGAACAUCAGAGCACUACUUGCAGAGGCCAAACGCAUCGCCGAUCUAUGUGAAGACCCCAAAGAAAGAGAUGACAUCCUGCGCUCCAUAAGCGAGAUUGCAGGACUCACUGCCCGGCUCGUGGAGUUACGCAAACAAGGUAAAGGUGACACUCCAGAAGCCCGUGCAUUGGCUAAGCAGGUUGGGGCUGCACUGCUGACAUUGCAGUCCAAAACCAACCGAGCCGUGGCCAACAUGAGACCAGCCAAGCCUGCUGUCACUUUGGAGGGAAAGAUGGAGCAGGCUCUCCGCUGGGUGAACAACCCCGGGGUGGACGACAGAGGAGUAGAGUGUGAGAUGAUACAGUGGAACACAGGUCAGGCAGCAAUCAGGGGGAUGGUUGGUGAAGGGAAGAGGCUGGCAGGAGGCCUGUUGGGCCCGUAUCGACAGGACAUGAUUGGGCGAUGUGACCGAACAGAAGCACUGAUGACAUCUUUGGCAGACAUGGCUGGCAAGGGCGAGGCUGAGAAUCCUCAUGCAAGGGCUACAGCUGCACAACUACAGGACACCCUCAAGGACUUGAGGCAACAUAUGCAGGAGGUGAUGACCCAGGAGGUAUCAGAUGUUUUCAGUGAUACCACCACCCCAAUCAAGCUGCUGGCUGUGGCUGCAACUGCUCCACCUGAUGCCCCCAACAGAGAGGAGGUUUUUGAAGAGCGUGCAGGGAACUUUGAGACCCACGCAGGUCGUUUGGGAGCAACUGCAGAGAAGGCUGCUGCCGUGGGAACAGCCAAUAAAAGUACAGUAGAGGGCAUACAUGCUGCUGUGAAACACGCCAGGGAACUCACACCACAGGUGACCUCUGCUGCUCGGAUUUUGCUGAAGAAUCCAGGUAACAAAGCAGCAUAUGAGCACUUCGACACAAUGAAGAACCAGUGGAUUGACAAUGUUGAGAGACUCACUGGUCUGGUGGAUGAAGCCAUCGAUACCAAGUCUCUGUUAGAUGCUUCUGAGGAAGCUAUAAAGAAAGACAUCGACAAGUGCCGAGUUGCCAUGGCAAAUGUUCAGCCCCAAAUGCUUGUUGCUGGGGCAACAAGCAUAGCAAGACGAGCUAAUCGGGUCUUGUUGGUGGCAAAGAGGGAAGUUGAGAAUUCUGAAGAUCCACGUUUCAGAGACACUGUGAAACAUGCCUCAGACAUCCUCUCACACACGAUCUCACCCAUGGUGAUGGACGCCAAGGCAGUGGCUGGCAACAUACAAGAUAAAGCUCUACAGAAAGCAUAUUUGGACUCAUGUCUGAGGAUCCUGGCUGCAGUGGGAAAAGUUAGAGAAGCCUUCCAGCCUCAGGAGCCGGACUUCCCUCCUCCACCUCCUGAUUUGGACCAGCUGCAUGUUAGUGAUGAUCAGGCUCCACCCAAGCCCCCAUUGCCAGAGGGUGAGGUGCCUCCGCCUCGGCCCCCUCCUCCAGAAGAAAAGGAUGAGGAGUUCCCGGAGCAGAAAGCUGGUGAGGUGCUCAGUGAACCCAUGAUGGUGGCAGCCAGGCAGCUGCAUGAUGAGGCACGCAAGUGGUCAAGCAAGCCUGAGGAUGAGGAGGCAGUAGAGGAGAGGGAGGUAGAUGAUGAAGAUGAGUUUACUGAUGGUGAGGAUGACUAUGAGCCAGAACUACUGAUGAUGCCAUCCAACCAGCCUGUCAAUCAACCCAUUCUGGCAGCUGCCCAGUCUCUCCACCAGGAGGCGCGCAAGUGGUCCAGCAAGGGUAACGACAUCAUAGCAGCAGCCAAGCGGAUGGCCCUCCUGAUGGCAGAGAUGUCUCGGCUGGUGCGUGGUGGAAGUGGGAACAAACGAGCGCUGAUUCAGUGUGCUAAGGACAUUGCCAAGGCUUCGGAUGAGGUGACAAGACUGGCAAAGGAAGUGGCCAAGCAGUGUACUGACAGACGCAUCAGAACUAAUCUGUUGCAGGUCUGUGAACGAAUUCCUACCAUCAGCACUCAGCUGAAGAUCCUGUCUACUGUCAAAGCCACCAUGCUGGGACGAACAAACAUUAGUGAAGAGGAGUCAGAGCAGGCCACAGAGAUGUUGGUCCAUAAUGCCCAAAAUCUGAUGCAGUCUGUGAAGGAGACUGUCAGAGAAGCAGAAGCUGCCUCCAUCAAGAUCCGCACUGAUGCAGGAUUCACCCUCCGCUGGGUGCGGAAGACCCCCUGGUACCAAUGAACAUACUUGGACAGUGACACCAGUAACACCCUUAGCCUGGCAUCAGUAGCACAAACCUCGAUUUAAAGUAGCAACACAUGCUCUCAGGAUGAGAGAGCCCUUCAAACGUAAACUGCAGGAUUUUGAGCCAUUUUCCACUGUAGUCUGGGUAUGAAUAUCAGGAAGUAUAAACUUGAUAUCAUGCAGGUUUUAUUUAUUGGAGUGAGUUCAGCUUUGCUCUCCUUUACCUGCAACUGUAGAAUCACGCAGGGUUAUCUGAGACAGUUUCUUAAUAUAUAUUUUUGGUAUGUUGUGUUACAAGACUUUAUCUAAAUCCCAGGUAUAUAUUUUUUGCAUGAAAUUUUUUCUAUUUUCUGAAUACAAAUUCUGACAUUAAGAUACUUAAUUGUGAGAGAAUGUUUACUUUGCAUUGCUUUUUUCAGUAAGAGUUUCUUAUUGUCCGCUGUAUAUACAGUUAUUUGAUUUCUUGAUAAUACUCAGCUUUGUUCACUGAGUUUGACAGUAAAGUGUGGAGUUAUAUCUGAGCUGAUGAGCUCUCCUCCCUUCAUGUUUACUUAUAGUAAUAACUAACUGAAGCUCUAUGAAUUCAAAGGUGAUACAUCAUAGAAGUCAUUGGUGAGGUUUAUACUUGAAUAGGUAGAAGGUUUUCUGGAUACACAAGGUAGAGGUGAUAAAAACGAAUGGUUGUCAGUCAUAGUUGGAUAAAGAAAAUGAUAAACGUUUUGAUAUGAAUGAUAGUAAAGUUAAUCCAACAUGUUUCUGAUGUUUCUUAAUGCCAAAGGAUUUGUCUUACCUUACUGUUAGCUUAUUACGUCCUCUUAACACUGAAAAUCCAGGUUAUUACAAGUAAGAAUGCAGACCACUUUCUUUAGAGACUCUAAUAAUUUCUGAGGUCUGUUAUUUUCUAGAACAAAAAAGAUUUAUGAAUUCUUUUUCUUUGCUUAGCAUUAUUUAAUCUUCUUGUAGUGCUUUGUGUCAGCACUCUCUGUAACAGUUGACCUGUUUGGGAUUUUUUAGAGAUUUUUGACUGCCUUCCAACACUCGGUUUCCCUGUUUUUAGAGGUUUUUUUCUCAGCAGCAUCGUAUUCUGAUUCUUUUUUCUUUUUUUUUUAAGAUGACCCCGGUGGUUUGAAAUAAUUUCUAUUCAAUAGCGGGCAUUUAUGCCAGCUUAGUGAUUUUUUUUUUUUUUUUUUUUUUACGGGGGUGAGGGUUUAAACCAAACAUUGUACGGAGUGUUAGUCUGAGAUUUAAGAGAAAAAAAAUCUGAUGUCAUGUACGUAAAACCAGAUCAGUGAAUGCAUAUUUUCAUUCCUAUUACAGUAAUUUUUUUUAAAAAAAACAAUGGCUGAGUAAAUCUAACUGUUGAAUUGAGACUUUCUGUGUCUGUGUGUAGUCUCUUCACUUAAACAGUAUUAGCGAGCUGUCCCUGUGAUGUUAGGGACGGAGCUCUGAAUAGCAGCACAGAAUGUUACCUUUAUUUUUAAGUUUUAUUUGGGCCUGCUGAGCAUGUAGUCGUCACUGGCCCUUCACAGAGAGCAACAGGGUGUAGAGCUGUGUGUACUUGAUGUGUUCAUUCACACCCUGAAUGUAUUCUGAUAGCCUCUAGCCCCGCAAACACAUCUGCUGUGCCUUGGAAGAAUAAAUGACUAUAAUGA